GUAAGCCCCGGGGGUAGGGAUGAUGAGGUGAUGAUAGUGAGAGGUGAAGGGAUCCAUGCCCGAGGAGGUAGACGAGCCCGCGAUCUUCUGGUCCGAGACCGCUACGGCACUUCUGCCCUAACGAUUUCGGCCACCUGACCGGCUUUUACCCUAAUAUUUCAUUCAUUUUUAUUGAAAAUUGAAGGAAAAUAGUUUGUUGACAAUACUUUUACGUUCAAGGGGAAGAGCAUGUGCUCCUUGGCCACCCUUAGAACUGGCCGUGUUGAUAUAUUCCCGUGGAUUUAUUUCCUCCUGUGAUAUAAAAUUAUUCGAAGUUUAAAUUUCCCUCAUCGUGAAGACUGAACGACACAUUGAUCAGCAAGUGUGGGAAUGACUCACGUGAAUGAUUGUUCCAUGAAGACUAUCUUAGUGACGAGUCUUAUAUUGAAGCAAUGUGUGGGAAAUACUGUUACGCCGUGAUGGAAGUAUUGACACUACGAAGUCUACAAAGAUUAGACCGUGAUUUACACGUACACGAAGUAGGAACUCAAGAUGAGGAUGGAGAAGACUAUUCAACUGGUCGCUAUGGUAAUCUUCCCAUGAUCCAGAGUACUGAACAUGUCUCAAGAACAUUUACACCUGUACACGACCUUACAGAGUCUCUUGCAGGUUCUGAUGUAUGGGUACGUGCACGUUUGCACACUAGUCGUGCUAAAGGGAAACAGUGCUUUGCUGUUCUACGACAGCAGGCUGCUACUGUGCAAGCAAUCAUUGCUGUUGGAGAAACAACUAACGUUGAAGCGAAAGUAGUUCAAGUUCCCAAACCUGUUGUUGGUUGUUCUCAGCAAAACGUUGAACUCCAUGUAUCAAGCCUUUUUGUAGUGAGUGCUGCCAAACCACAAUUGCCUUUGCAAAUUGAAGAUGCUGCCCGCCGAGAUGAAGAGGAAGGUGAUGGUUUACAUAUUAGAGUGAAUCAAGACACGAGAUUAGACAAUAGAGUGCUGGAUUUGAGAACACCUGCUAACCAGGCAAUCUUCCGCCUAGAAGCGGGUGUGUGUCGUCUAUUUCGGGAGAUCCUUCAAAGCAAAGGUUUUGUUGAAAUUCACACCCCUAAGAUUAUAUCAGCUGCUAGUGAAGGCGGUGCCAAUGUGUUCACGGUAUCGUAUUUCAAAGGCUCAGCAUAUUUGGCACAAAGUCCUCAAUUAUACAAACAGAUGGCCAUUGCUGCUGAUUUUGAUCGUGUGUUUACAAUUGGGGCUGUGUUCCGAGCAGAGGACAGUAACACACAUCGACAUUUAACAGAGUUUGUAGGACUUGAUUUAGAAAUGGCCUUCAAGUAUCAUUAUCAUGAAGUUCUGAAUACUAUUGGUGACCUCUUCACUCAGUUAUUCCGGAGACUACAAAAAGAACAUGCUGGUGAUAUAACAACUGUUGGGCAGCAGUAUCCUGUGGACACAUUUGAAUUUUUGGACCCACCAUUGAUAUUAGAAUUUCCUGCAGCAGUGGCUAUGCUGCGGGAAGCAGGAGUGGAAAUAGGAGAUGAAGAUGAUCUUUCAACUCCAGAUGAGAAAUUACUUGGUAGACUCGUGAAAAAGAAGUAUGACACAGACUUCUACAUUUUAGAUAAGUUUCCUCUUGCAGUGAGACCUUUCUACACAAUGCCAGAUCCCAAUGAUUCGAAACGAUCCAAUUCUUAUGACAUUUUCAUGAGAGGAGAGGAAAUUAUGAGUGGAGCUCAGCGAAUCCACGAUCCUGACUUCCUAACUGAACGUGCCAAAUUACAUGGUGUGGAUCUUGAGAAGAUUCGUGCAUACAUUGACGCGUUCCGGUAUGGCUGUCCUCCUCAUGCUGGUGGUGGUAUUGGCCUUGAACGAGUUGUGAUGCUUUUCUUAGGAUUAGAUAAUAUUCGAAAGACUUCCAUGUUCCCUCGUGACCCAAAACGUAUUACUCCGUAAAUUAAGUGUACUCUUACGAUACACAACAGGAACUGCCCGUGUGUUGCAAUAUUGGAAAUACUCUACAAAAUUGUAUUCAUGUGUUGAUAUAUAGUGAAAUUGGUCUGCUUUGCAAUUGAAUGAAAUAAUGAAGUUGGUUUUAUUGAUAUUUGUGUUGGUUUAAACUUAACAGUAAAACUUCAAGAUUUCUAUAAAAAUGAUGCAUCUACUAUUAUGGUAACAUUUACUUGGCAAGACAACAAAUUGAACGUGUGCUCUUAACUUGUCAUUUUCCAGCAAAUAUUGUUGUUUGCAUUUAUGAUUUUAUACUGUUUGGAUACCGAGCUAAAUAAAAUUUUUGACACUGAAAU